AUGAAAUUCCUCUUGCAGGGACGAAUGUUAAAGAUAGCCUUGUGUUACUUGCUAUCAGUCACACUAACCUUGAGGCCACGGGCUAUGUUCUUUUGGAGCUUAACUUCGCCGCCGCCCUUCCAUGCAGAUAUGAAGCAGCCGAUAGGCUGUUACCAGCAGUUUGCAGCCACCUUUUAUCCUGAAGAAUGCGUGGCACACGAGAGCGCAACCCUUCCCGUUAUCGUGCAUCACUGCUCGAGGUCGCCAAACUCUGGGUUUAUAGCGUUGCAACGGAAGAGGGAUGCCUCUUUCGGUCUCAACGACACCUUGCUACAAGGCACAGCAAUCUACCGACUGCGCGUCGUUGGCCCGGGCGGUGUGUGGUUGUUGGAGCCCAGCUAUGAUCACCCUAGCCUUGCCUGCGCGAGCUACUUCCUGCCUGUCCCGGGAUAUUAUUCAGUGGAGGUUCUGAUGGUGUACUACAGCUUCUCCUUUGCACAACCUACUGCUACCAAGCCCGUGGCGCAGCCUUGGGUGGGGCAUCUCACUUUGCAAAACUCACCACAGAGACUACGACAUGGCAUGAAUGGUAUGCAAGAAGAUCAGAACGAUGCAGCAGAGGGGCCAAUGCACUGGGCAACUUGGUCUUCAGCCCCGGACCCGACCAUCCUGUCAGAGCAGGUGGAUGCUGCUCACAGUACUGGCAGCAGCUUUCACCAAGGAGAAGCAGAUGAUGAAGUAAACAAAAAAUGGUCACUUAAAUACUGGAAACAUGGUGAAACGGAGCAACAGUUCCAUCAGCUGCAUAGUGAUGAAAGUGACAGCAGUCUGCUGCCCCUUUGCCCAGGGACAGGACCACGUCCUGGUCGGUGGAUGUUCCAUGAGUGGCCCAGACCAGAGGCCACACCAUUGCUCCGCACCUGCUUGUGGGGCAACUUAUCAGACGACAGCUGCAGCUGUGAUACCCCCCAGCAGCGGGCACUUCGCAGCAACUUGAACCCAGGCACACUUUACUGGCAGCCUGAUGGCUGCCGCAUGCAAAGCGUCAAAGGUCUACAGGGGCAAGGGGAGCACCAGGCAGAAUCAGUUGAUGACAACAAUAGCAGUGUGAUUACUAAGGAACACUGCUUCUUACAGGGUCGCCGUGUCUGCUUUAUUGGAGACUCACACAUGCGCUACCUGCACAAUGGCCUCUCCUCAUUCCUUCAGGACUACAAAGUCCUUGUUCACAACAACCUCAAAGAUGUCUUGCAGUUUGGUAGCCUCUCCUACAUUGCAGCUGUGUGGGGCAUGGACUGGCCAAAACCCCAGGGGGACUUUGACACACUGGUUGCACUCAACUGCACAGAUGUUAUUGCAAAUUUUGGGCACUGGUAUGCAUCCUUCCAUUGUGGUCCAAGCCCACGCACUGUAGAUGAUUAUCGUAAUGCCCUGCUGCAUGUGCGGCAGAGGCUGCUAGAUCUCCGAAAUGCUCAUGGCAUGCGGGUCUUCUGGGUAACCACAAGUUCAACCUGGCUCAAGGCCCGCUAUGAGAUGGCAGGAAUUGACUGGCGCACAGAUCCAGUACUGUUGCUAUUUAACCGGCUUGCAUCAGAUAUCAUGGCUGGUGCACAGAUUGUGGAGCAAUUCAUAUCCCAAUUAAAUGGCAAGAACAUUAGUAGGGCUGAUGAAAAUGAUAGUACUAUCCCAAUCAUUGAUACAUGGAGCCCUACCCAUAUUUUGGCACCUGAGCUCAGUCACGAUGGUACACAUUUCCUCAACCUCAGCCCUAUUGGGGCUCUACAAGUACAGCUGCUGCUGCAGGCUCUGUGUACGGAGCAGAUGGGGUGA